CCGGAUCACAAAUAAAAAAGUCUGCUGGGUGGACCCGGUGCUCCCCCCCUCCCCCUCAUUUUUCCUUUAGGUCCAUCCCUCACUAGGAAAGUGAAGUUACCAUGGUAAUGGCAUGGGCCCUUGUGUAUAUAUACAAGAGAAAAGAAAACGGGCGCCACAGCCGGGAAAAAAAGCACCGCGAUAAAAGAUCACAGAAAACAAAAAAGCCGGGGCGCCCGUCAAGUCAGUGUCCGGCAGUCCUUCAGUGUGUCCAGCAGCAAUUUCCAAUCCGUUUGAGCGAAAGUGUUCCAUUUGCUUCUUUGGCUACGUGGAAGAUGAACAUCUCCGCAUUUUGCCGUUCAUUCGCCAUCGUCGCCGCCCUUUUACUCGCCUCAGGGUACUGCGCCGAAGAUGUAACGGGAAGCGAACCACCGACUUCUGAAGCCGCCACGACUCCAGUGACGGAGGAGAAUAGUGUUGGAACACAAACGGUGACGACCUCGUCAAUGCAAACACUUGGCUUGGAUGUCACGGAUGCCUCUACUGCUGAUUCAUCACAAUCACCAGAGAAUAACAAUCAAACAGAAACUGAUCUAGCAGAGAUUGCUCUCACCACGUCAGUGGCGCAACCCUCAGAUGUUCCAGUUACUGUUUCGGAAGAGACGAUCGCCACGAAUCAACAGGAUGCGGCUUCACCUGAGCCAUCUGUUAGCGGUUCUCCAGUAGAAGGAACAACUUUGGCGAUUCUACCGGAGACGACCGUGACCGUUCAAUCAACAAGUUCCACGACAAUUAGACUGACAGAGAAACCGAUAUCGACGUCUAGCGUUACUGGAAUGAUCAAUGUUGAUCAUUCGGCAGCUGGCAAUGCGAGUUCCUCUACGAUAACAACAGCUACUCCUUUGAAUAGUUCAAUCGAUUCUACAACUUCGACCUCGGUCUCACCAACGACAACAAAUCCUGGAACGACUACAAGGAGACCUACCAGGAGCCCUAGGACGACGACUCAGAGGCGGUCGUCAACGACUACGGCGCCUCUACACGAAUGUGUGACAUCGACAACUUGCCUCGAUCCGAAUGCCCAUUGCGUUAAUUUUGGAGGACAUAACACCUGUGAAUGUCGUAUGGGAUUCCGCAAGAGUUCGCCAAUUGGAAGGUGCGUGUUGAUCGCUUCGCCGUCCACGACGACGACGCUACCACCUACGACAACUUUUUCUACGCCAGAAAUGGGGACUCUGACGAAUUCGAAUGAUCCAAAUGUGAACGUGACGAGCUCUCCCUCGGAGAGCAGUUCAACCGUCCCGCCUAUGCCGCCUUUAAAAAAUCGGAGAGAUGCCGUUCGACUGGCUUCGAAUCUGAGCACCAGAGAAAAAAUGGAUGUGGUUUCUAUUUCUUUUCAGCCAGCUUCCAGUGUGGUUGAAUGGUUACUGACACAAGAUCUUCCAUUCCGCAAAGCUAUUGCAAAAAUCUUAACCUCUACAAACUUCACCAUAGUGGAAGAUACAGAGACAACUAAGACACUGAACAUUUCUGAGAAUGAGAUCUUAUAUGUGGCACCAUCACCACAAUUAACUGCAGAAGGCCUGCUAGUCUGCUUUCUAGUCCAGGAUAAAGAAAAGGUCACUCCCAGACACCAUUCGGUUAGUGGCGGCCUCGUUGCACGUCGUAAGAGAGAAACGAAUUCUAUGGACGAAAUUUCCACUGGUUAUCUACCCUCUGUAUGGAUUACCACAGCUAUCCGAAAUAGUCAACAUCACUUGGAAGCAACGCUGAACCAAACGGUUUCCUCCCUCUACGGUGGGAUAAUCCCGUAUCAACUUCUUUCAGUUGAGCAACUUGCUGCGGCUUCCCUUUUCGAGCGACGCUUGGAUAUCUUCAUUCCACUUAUCCUGGUGGCCGCUCUCGGUUUCAUGGGCCUGGCUGUCAGCUUAGUUUGCAUUCGCGCCAAGACAAGAUCUAUGGCCACCUGGGAUCCUCCAGCCGGAGUGGUUUUCGGAAAGACUAGUAUUAACAGAGAAAGCAGAGAAGAUCCAUUGGGUUGUACGAGCAAACCCGAUUCUACUGGUAAUCAUUUAGCCACAGAUGAACAAUGUCGCGAUGGUGAAGAGCAGCUUAUGAAAAAUUCGUCCGAAAUCCAUGCAGAUGAUGACGUUUGGGUUGUGCCUUACGAGGAUGGCCCUCCACAAGGAAAUCCUGGACAUAUGAAAACCCAAUACGAAGACACAAAGCUUUAAAAAAAAAAUAACGUUUAAGAAAAACUAUCCGGUGUAAUUUUCUUAGCAGAACAAUCCCGGCAAUAUGUUGUCAGUCGAGUCAUCAAAAGCCAUACCAUCCCAAUUGUGUGUUUCCUUUUUUUUAAAUUCUGAAGUAGAUACGUUCAACUAUGUGUAGACAUUAGUUAUUAAUUGCGAAAUUUAUUUCCUUUAUCGUAGAUGCAUGCUUUGUCCCUUUUAAAAUUUUAUGUACAGAAUCAAAUUCCAUUUAAGUUUCUUACACAGAAAAAUCCAGUGCUAUUUGGAAGCGUAAUUUUUUUGCAUGUGAGACAUUGGAAAACGUGUACGAAUACAAAAAUGAACGACCAACAA